UCGAGUUUGUCGGCGACGUAUUGGCUCGGCCUUCUAAUCCUGCUCUCACUGGCUGCCGACUGCAGCCGAAUACAGCACUCGGGAGGAAGCGACAACCUACGCGAGCUUCAUCAGAUGUUCCAAGCCAGAACAGAGAGCGAGUGGCGAAGUGUUUGGCACGUGGAGACGUACAGACGUUGUUGGCAUCAGCUCAGACCUCAUAUCAGUAUUGCUUGUAAAAAAGACAUAUACCGAAUAACAAAACGAACUUCUCCUGUCGAGCAGAACAGUACUAGUUCCCUAGCGUCUCGGAUUCCUCUCAUGAUACACAAAGACGGCGUCUUCGAUAUCAACGAAGUACUGACGGCGAAGCGGGCCCACUCCUUCCUACGUUCGAGAGGCACUCCAACACGACGCGUCGCGAGAAACAGGAACCGAGAUAACAUCGUAACGGAAUGCUGCGUACAGGAUCGCGGGUGCACGUGGGAGGAGUAUGCCGAGUACUGUCCCACCCACAAACGAACACGUGGAUGAUGCGCGACCGCCACCCACCGCGCGCACUCCCUCACCCCACCCUCCAGGGGUGGAGGCCCGAGCCACGCUCCUCGACGCACGCCGCUAGAGGGCGCGCACGUCCCGCCGCCAUUUUGUGAAGCGGGAUGGGAACCCGGCACGUGCACUCUAUCGACAGGUUGCAUAUUAAUUAUCCGCGUUCGUUUACCGUCAUCGUUACCUUUUGCAACCUUGUUUGUAACGCAUUCCCGACGCUAUUGUGUAGUCUGUUUCCCGACGGGGUUCCAUAUUCCCUCUAGAAAUGCAGCGAAUAUGACCGGUGCCUAUAUUUAUCGAUUAGCCCGAUGAUAACGUGAGCAUUGUGCGAUGUUGAGCGUGUGGAUUGUGUUUGUGCGGUUCAUUUCUUUUAAAGGCCGCAGAGCGACGUGCAGUGAUAGAGAUACAGAUAUGUUAUACGGCGACGCGUUCGCAGAACAGGCCCACGUGCAGUUACGAUUAAAAUCAGGACUAUGAUACUAUCUACUAUGGACAUGUUUACUAGGAUUUACGAUUGUGGUAAAACCGCGAAUGUUUUAACAUUCGUUUUGCAGAAAAAAGAUUAGACCUGUAACUAAUUUUAGGACUAAUGAGAACGCCUGCAGACUUGCAUAUCCAUCACUUUUCGCGCUGCAACAUACUUCAUCAAAUGAGAAUUUCGAUUUAUAGUUUUUUUUAAUCAAGUCAAUAUUAAAUAUCAAAUUUAAGAUUUCUUUACAAUCAGUUACUCAUAUGCUCCGAUGAAUGGACGUCUCAUUAUUUUGUCAAUUAAUUAAAAUUUACAGGUAAACGUAUAUAUUUCUUGGUCGCAAGUGCUAUAAAACAACCUACACAAUACUGUAAGACGUGCGUUCAAAAAGAGAAGUAAGAUGAAAUAUGUAAAUUCGAAAUGUGAAACUUUCCGCGUAUUUCGUUCUUCUCUGAUUAAAAUACCUUUUUUUUAUUAAAAACCAGAUGACACGCGAUACCGCGUGACUCAUAGACUUUCAUCUGUUACCAAUUUUAGUAAAAUUCGUUUUGGGUUUGUGAAUAACAAUCAAUGAUAACCGAUAUUCACUCAUCAAUUUCGGCACCGUGCAUGUAUGUGUAUUUACUUGGAAAUAAACCGAAUGUGAGUCAUCGUGCUAAGCGUUGGCUUAU